AUGGAGAAGAGCCACCAAGAAAACAUGGAGAGGAUGCGCAAGGUCCUGCUGCAGUACAAGCUGGCUGAACUAAAGCAGAUGGAAGCAGGAUGUGCCAUCAAAGCGGCCGCCGCAGCCGCAUCCUUGGAAGCAGCCUCCUCUCCGCAGCCUGAAAACCGGAGCAUGAGCAGUUCGCCCCGCUGGAGCCAGGAGAGAGAGAAGCAGUUCCUGAAGCUGCUGAGGCAUGUGGUGAGUGUGGGAGAUCCGGAGAAGAAGUACGCCAGGUGGAAACGUAUUGGCAGUGGGGGUUUUGGCACUGUUUAUAAGGCCGUCAACGCUGCCACAGGACAAGCGGUGGCCGUAAAGCAACUUAAUCUCCAGCACCAGGGCUGUGAGGAAGUGUUAAAGGAAAUCCUGGUCAUGCGUGAAAAUAAGAACCCCAAUAUUGUCACCUACUUUGAAAGCUACCUUGUCAAUGAGGCUGUCCUGCUGGUGUUGGAAUAUAUGGAUGGAGGCUCCUUAGCUGAUGUGGUCAGCAUGAGAAGGAUGGCUGCAGGACACAUAGCAACAGUGUGUCGGGAGUGCCUGCAAGGCCUGGCUUUCCUUCAUGCCAACCAGGUGAUCCACAGAGACAUCAAAAGUGACAACAUCCUUCUGGGCCGGGAUGGCUCCGUCAAGUUGGCUGAUUUUGGCCUCUGUGCUCUGCUCAGCCCUGAGCAGAGGAAACGGAGGUCGAUGGUUGGGACCCCCUGCUGGAUGGCACCCGAGGUGGUGAGAGGAGAGCCAUACGGCCCCAAAGUGGACACCUGGUCCCUUGGCAUCGUGGGAAUAGAAAUGGCCAAAGGAGAGGCUCCUUAUAUUCGGGAAACCAGUGACAGGGCUAACUACCUGAUAGCCAAGCGAGGGGUGCCAAAUCUGCACAAUCUCAGGCUAGCCCCUGGCUUGUGUGAAUUUCUGGGCUGCUGCCUGCAGAUGGAUGUGGACAGGCGAGGCUCUGCCAAGGAACUUCUGCAGCAUCCAUUUCUCCAAUCAGCGGAGCCUCUCUUAAGCCUCUUCUGA